ACUGUGUUUGUGGUGAGCGAGCGGACAGAGUGUCAGAUUAGCUCCAAACCUGCAGCUGUUUCACUUCGUGCAGGUACUGUUUUAACAACUAAUCGUCUUCAAUUACACACUUUACGGUUUCCUUUUUUCCGCGCACUUGCACCUAAAAAGAUUCAGAGCCAUCUCAUCCCACUGUGGCGUUACCCAGUCCGGGUGAAAUGUCCUGUUGUUCCACAUGAGCUCUACUAUGUGGUACAUCAUGCAGAGUAUUCAGAGCAAAUACUCAUUGUCAGAAAGGCUUAUUCGAACCAUAGCGGCAAUUCGCUCCUUCCCACAUGAUAAUGUUGAAGACCUUAUACGCAGGGGAGCAGAUGUGAACAGGAUGCAUGGCACGCUGAAGCCCCUGCACUGUGCCUGUAUGGUGGCUGAUGCCGAUUGUGUGGAGCUCUUGCUGGAGAAAGGCGCAGAGGUAAAUGCCUUGGAUGGUUAUAACCGCACUGCCCUGCAUUACGCAGCAGAGAAGGACGAGGGUUGUGUGGAGCUGCUUCUAGAAUACGGGGCCCAGCCAAAUGCGCUGGACGGAAACAAGGAUACCCCACUGCACUGGGCCGCCUUCAAAGAUAACCCAGAGUGUGUACGGGCCCUGUUAGAGAGCGGCGCCUGUCCGAAUGUCCGAGAUUACAAUAACGACACGCCCCUCAGUUGGGCGGCCAUGAAGGGCAACCUGGAGAGCGUACGUGUGCUGCUCGAAUACGGCGCUCAAGUCCACGUCACCAACCUAAAGGGCCAGACGCCCAUCUCGCGGCUGGUGGCGCUGCUGGCUCGGGGCCUGGGCACGGAACAGGAGGAAGAGUGCCUGGAGCUGCUUUGCCGUGCCGCGGGGAGGUUCGAGAUCCGCAGGGCCGACGGCUCCUUACCGCGUGAGCUCACUAAAGAUCCUCAGUUACUGGCUCGACUCACUAACCUGGUAGCCCAGCCGCCCUCGUUGCGAGCCUUGGCGCGCUGCGCUGUUCGUAAUAGCCUGGGAGUCCAGUUCCUCCCGUCUGCGGUGAAACAGCUCCCGCUUCCGGAGUCAGUGAAAGAAUAUGUGCUCCUCAGAGACUGAGCGAGAUGACUGUUCUUAAUGUCAGGCGUGGAGGAUGUGGAUGUCUUCUGUGUAUGUGAACGUGAUUGUAAUCAGACUGCAAUCUGAAGUGUGUCUAUCCAUAUGCAGUGAGUUAAUAUGUGAGGAAGUUGCCCAUUUAGGUUUUUUGUUUUGUUUUGUUGCUAUAAUGUCAUCAAGCAAAUUCAGACUUGGGUUUUAGUAUGAUUAUGUGCUUUGGUGCAAAGAAAUAGUGAUCUGGUAGGAGAAAGAUGUUGAUGAACCCAUAAUGUAAAAAUAGCAACAGAUGUGAAAUGUUCUAAAUGCAAAGACACACUUAUUUAAGUAAAUGCAGUGGAAACAAAAUAACACUUUAACAGCACUUAAGUUAUAAUCAUAUAUUACAUUUUUGUGUUUCAAACUUCUUUAAUUUAGUUUUUUUUUAUUUAUGCUGUAAUGUUUGAUGUUAAUGUUAAUGUUAAUGAUGUUAAUGUUAAUAAUGUUUGAUCAAGUUUUAAAGUAAAAUAAAUAUUAAUAAUUUUGUUAAAUCAUUUUAUGAGGUUUCCCAGUUAUCGAAAAUAAUUUCAUCCUGGAAAAGUUGGGAAAAUUAGUAAAAAAAAAAAAAAAAAAAGUAAAUUUGCCAAAAACAACAGCAUUGUUUUACUUUUGUUUUCUAAUCUCUGUCAUUUUGAAGUAGGGCAAUGUAAGGACAUUAUUGGAUUUCAAACCAACUUAUUUCUCUUUCACUUUCAUUCUCUCAUGACACAUAUUUCUCUGAUUUAGAGUGUUGGACUGUAUUAUACUUUUUUUUGGUGCUAAUGAUUGCAGAAUAUGAGCUGUGCUUUUAUGUUUGAGAUGAAAACAUUACAAACCUUAACAAGAAUCUUCUGUGUCAAUAUUGGGAAUGUUCAUUUUCUUUCAGCCUUGUUACGUUAGCAUGAUCAUUCCAAAUGUUAGCAAAUUGUGUAUGGGAUGUCUUAAAUGAAUGGACUUCUACACUUGUCACAUCUUGAGAACCCCAAGAGAUUUUUGCAGCUCUAUUUUCAUUUCUCUGUUGUUGUUGUUAUAUUGCUUGCUUAAGAGGUAUGUAGUGCUUACAUCUAGUUUUAUGCAUGCAGAGUAACCAGUAAAAGACUUCAUGCAUUGUU